UUUUUCUGUUACUCGCAAAUAGCUCCAAUUUAUACUCAGACUUUAACAACAUUGUGUAAAGAGAAUUUCAAAAUGGAUGAACAAUCAGACAACAAAAAAGCUCACAGGAAAAAGUUGUCAGGACCUAAAGCUGAAAGGAAGAAGUCCAAGCAAGGCCCUGGAAUUGAUCAAAACUUGACCGCUCAGCAGAGAAACCCAAGAGCUUUUUCUAUACAGCAUGCCAACAAGGCAUUGAAAACUGUUCAAAGGACACAAGAUUUAAAGACAAAGAAACAGCAUAUACCAGUUGUUGACCGGACCCCAUUAGAACCUCCCCCGAUCAUAGUCGGUGUAGUAGGGCCUCCUAAAGUUGGUAAAACUACAUUACUGAAAUGUGUGGUGAAAAACUUCACUAAACAACGUCUUACUAAAAUACAAGGACCAGUAACAGUUGUUUCAGGAAAACAGAGACGUUUGACAAUUAUAGAAUGUAAUAAUGACAUUAGUGCUAUGAUUGAUAUUGCUAAAGUGGCGGACUUGGUCUUACUGCUGGUGGAUGCAAGUUUUGGUUUUGAGAUGGAAACGUUUGAAUUUUUAAACAUCUGUCAAGUUCAUGGAUUUCCGAGAAUUAUGGGAGUGUUGACACAUCUGGACUCGUUUAAGGACAGUAAGAAGUUGCGGAAGACAAAGAAGAGGCUUAAACAUAGGUUCUGGACGGAAGUGUAUCAGGGAGCAAAGUUGUUUUACUUGUCUGGUAUGGUAAAUGGAGAAUACCAAAAGACAGAAGUUCACAAUCUGUGUAGGUUUAUAUCUGUGAUGAAAUUCCGACCUUUGACCUGGAGAACAACUCAUCCAUAUAUUCUGGCUGACAGAAUGGAAGAUAUAUCUGAUCCUGAGACAGUACGUCAGUUUAGUAAAACAGAUCGCAACAUAUCUCUGUACGGGUACUUGCACGGCACACACAUGAAGAACAACGUCAAUGUUCACAUUCCCGGCUGUGGAGAUUUCUCUAUACAUGAUUUACAAUUCUUGUCUGAUCCAUGUCCGACACCAGAGAAACAGAAGAAACGAUCUCUAAGUCAGAAAGAUAGACUGAUUUAUGCACCAAUGUCUGGUGUUGGUGGUAUCGUGUAUGAUAAGGAUGCCGUUUAUAUUGACCUUGGUGGAAGUCAUUCGCAUACAGAUGCUCAGAGGGAUGAAGAUGCUCCCCAACCAAUGAAUGAGCUUGUUUCAUCAAUGAUGUCUCUUAACAACCCAUUGGAUAAGAAAAUGACAACAUCAGAGGUUUCACUAUUUUCUGGUGGAAUUAAAAGCUCAGAAAUGAUCAUUGAUGAUGAUGAAGAUGAUGAUGAUGAUGAUUAUAGUGGUGGAAGGCAGUUUGAAACUGUAGAGACUGAUGGCAGAGUCAGGAGAAGAGCUGUGUUUGAUACACAUGUAGACAAGAUGAAAUCUAAUGAUGAUGAAUUUAAAGAUGAUGAUGAUGAUGACAGUGAUGAUGAUGAUGAAAGAGAUGAUGAUGACAAUGGUGGAGAUUAUGAUAUAGAUGAAGAUAAUGAUGAUAUCAGUGAUGAUGAUGAUGAAGAUGAUGAUGAUGAUGAAGAAGAUUCUGAAGAAGAGAGUGAUGCUAGUAAAGUGAAGAAGAAACAGAUUAGAAAGGGCAAUAUCUCUGAGGAACCAAGUCUUGCCUUUGAUGACUCUGAUUCAGAUGAAGGAGAAGAGGAUGAUCAAACUGUAAAAAAGUUGAAAAAAUCAGAUAAUUCUGAUGAUGAAGAUGAUGUUGAUAAUGAUGACAGUUGUAAUAAGUGUGAAAAAAAUCAGAGUGUAAAUAGAAACAAUAAAAAUGGCAGCUCUCUAUUGGUUAAUAGUGAACUGAAAAGUGUAAAGAAAAGUAAAUUGAAUAAUAUAACAAAUUCCAAAAGAAUUGCUAGUAUGGAGGCAGUGCAGAAUAUUGAUGAUACUUUGACUAGUAAAACUGGUAAUGAUAAAUUGACUAGUAAAAAUAAACAGGAAGCAAAUACAAGUAGAAUUGACUCUGAUAGUUCAGAUGAAGGUGAUUCUAGUGACAGUGAUAUUAUAUCUUUUAAACCUACUAGAGAAAAAUCAAGUCCUGUAAAAGGAACAGAAGUUAAACCAAGCAAAACUGAAGGAGAUGAUAAACAGAAAGAUACAUCUGAUAAUGUAAAAGGUGGGAAAUCAUUAUCACAGAAACUGCUGACAUUGUCCGAGACAGAUUACUUUAUGUUGAAUGCUAAGAAGAAGAUUGAGGAUUCACUGGAGGAAAAGGAACCUGAGAAAACUGUAAAUAAUGAUGUCAGUGAUGGAGAUGAAGUGAGUGAGGAUGAGGAAGAUGGAUCAGAGAUGGACGAUGAAGAUGAGGAGGAAGACGGAUCAUUUCGCUGGAAGCAUGAUUUGGCAUCCCAAGCAGCAGCAAACUUCAGACAAAGACAAGCUGGUAGAAUUAACUACAGAAAACUUAUAUAUGGCAAAGAUGAGGAGGAAGCUGUUGGUGAUGAGGGAGGUGAUGAUGAAGACCAGGAUGAGAUUGGAGGGCUUUUUAAGGUGUUGAAACAGAAGAGCGAGGCACAGGCUGUCGACAGGAUAGCUGUUAACAGCACAGAUUGUUCUAAAUGCUUGAAAAAUACACUAAUACAGUUAGAAGUGGAUAAGAUACAGGAAUUGAUAGCAGACUGUUUUGUUACUGGUAAAUGGGAUGAAAAUAAAGAUGCUGAGGCGUUGUUGCAAAAAGAUGAUGAGUUGUAUGGAGACUUUGAAGAUCUUGAGACAGGUGAAAUGCACAAAGGAAAGAAAGAAGACAAUGAUGAUGAUGAUAAUGAUAGUCCUGAUGAUGAUGAUGAUGAUGAUAUAGGUUCUGAUGGGGAGAGAAAGAAACAACCAGAAGAGUUAAAAAAGAAAAAGGCAGACAUGACCGCAGAGGAGAGACGUGCGGAGAAGAAACGUAAACUGAAGGAAAUGUUUGACACCCAGUAUGAUAUGAAGGGAGAUACAGAAUUCUAUGAUAAUUGGAAAGAAGAGCUUGAUCAACAGGCCAAAAUGAAUCGUGCAGUGUUUGAGGACAUGGAUGAUGAGUUGAGGGUUCAGUAUGAAGGCUUCAGACCAGGCAUGUAUGUGAGGGUAGAGAUCCACGGGGUGCCGAGUGAGUUUGUCACCAACUUUGAUCCAACAUAUCCUGUCAUUCUUGGAGGAUUGCUUAGUGUAGAAAACAAUGUUGGAUAUGUGCAGGCAAGACUGAAAAAGCACAGAUGGCAUAAGAAAAUAUUAAAGACGAAAAACCCUUUAAUUAUCUCGCUAGGUUGGCGGAGAUUUCAGUCUAUACCACUAUAUUCUAUACAAGAUCAUAAUAUGAGAAAUAGAUUACUGAAAUACACACCUGAACAUCUACACUGUAAUGCUUCCUUCUGGGGUCCUAUAACCCCACAGGGUACUGGUUUGUUAGCUGUAGAAAGUGUUGCAAAUGUUACAGGUAUGUUCAAUUCUGCACUUGAAGUAGCUAAGUUUGAGGGAGCAAGUGUUCGUACUGUCAGUGGGGUCAGAGGUCAGAUCAAGAAAGCUGCAAAACACCUGAAGGGCAUUUAG